ACACUACCCCCCACUAAGAGGCUAAUGGCCGGGGUGCAUAAUCCUUCUCAAAACAACCAUAGAGAUGCUAAUUGUAUCCACCUAUAAAUACAGUUUGACUCCUUGUCCUCUUUCUUUAUUCGCCUCUCGAAGCUGAACGCAGGCUUCUCUGAAACAACUGCCCAACUAACAGGAAAGACCCAGUUGCGUAAGAGAGGCCGCAGAUAGAUAGCGCAGAGAGCGCACGGAGCUUUACGCACGGUUGGAUAGCCUACAUCAUUUCAUGCAGUCUUGUGAACUUUGUCGGUGAGCUACUACGAAGAAACCAGUCGACAUGUUCCCACUCCCGAUGUUCACACCGGACCAGGUCGCUCGUGUGUGUGAGAACUUAGAGGAGACCGGGGACAUCGAGCGCCUCGGCAGGUUCCUCUGGUCCCUGCCCGCCGCCGUCCCCGGCUCGGCAGGGGAAGCGCUGAACCGACACGAGUCUGUGAUGCGAGCGAGGGCGCUGGUCGCCUUCCACGGCGGAAACUUUGACGCUCUUUACCAGAUCCUCCAGAGCCACCGGUUUACGCGCGAGUCGCACGCCAAGCUUCAAGACCUGUGGCUGGACGCGCACUACAGAGAGGCGGAGAGGCUCCGAGGGCGGCCGCUGGGCCCGGUGGAGAAGUAUCGGAUCCGCAAGAAGUUCCCCCUGCCCCGCACCAUCUGGGACGGCGAGCAGAAGACGCACUGCUUUAAGGAAAGAACUCGCAGUUUGUUGAGAGAGUGGUACCUCCAAGACCCCUACCCCAACCCGUCCAGGAAACGCCACUUGGCCCAGGCCACAGGACUAACACCCACCCAGGUGGGCAACUGGUUCAAGAACCGCCGCCAAAGAGACCGCGCUGCAUCCGCAAAGAACAGACUGCAGCAGGAUCCUUCCAUCCUGCCCCCUGAGAGCUCACCUGACGGCUCCCAUCAGGAGCGCCGCCAUCACCCCCACUUGUUGCCUAACUCCCCUCACCACCUGGACAGCCCAGAGAACAGCGACUGUAGCACAGAGAACGAGCGCAGAGGAACAGGAGCCUUGACCCCGGACAUCUCCGUCAGCAGCGACAGCGAGUUCGAGUCUUGAAACGACAGACUCUUUUCCUGGAUGAACUCUUGUUCCACGCAGAGCGGCGAGCGCUGUCUGCCAUUAGACUCAGACAUAUGUUAAAGACACUUGAACUGUCUGUGGACACACUGGAGGUGUUCUCAGUGGGAGGAGGAUGAGGAGGAGGCCACUUGAUGUGGCUGUGGGAAUGAUAUGCAAGAACAACAUGCACUUAAAAGAGCACCAUGGCACAUGACCUGGACUGUUAUAUGAAUUAGUUUACUGAUGACGAUGACUCAGCACUGUUGAUAAGGAAACAUACAGUAGAGCGGGUACUUCUCCAUGAAUAACAGUGUUUUUAAAUGCUCAAACAGAGUAUUUAUAGACAUAAUGCCAAUGGUCUUUAGAUAAUGUGAAUAUUAAUAUUUUAAGUUUUGAUACUAUUUCAGUAAAUAUUUUGGCGUAGGUCAUUUUAAUAGUUAUUAUCUAAUAUACAUAAUUAAUUUGUACUGAAACUGUGAGGACACAAAGAACAAUGCCUUGAGUAGGCUGUUGUACAUGUAACUACAUUUAGAUUUACAUGCACAUUGAUAACUUGACUUCAGGUUACAGCAGUAUGCUGACGGGUGAAAGUGUUCUGCAAACUAUUUAACUGGCCUUUUAGAAACACAUAAGGCCUAUAAGUUACAUUUAUUACUCGCAUAAGAAUAACCUGGAUGUUUGCUCAUUUUUGCAUGACCUGUUUUCAAACAGUGUCUUUUUGCCCAUGCUGACCAUUAUUAUUACCUUAAUCUUGUUAUUCAGAGUACUCAGGUUAUGAAGUGCAUGUAAACAUAGUGACAAAUUUAACACAUUUCACUGCCUUAAAAAGGAACUAAGGGCAUCACUCUUUUGCAAUGUAACACAAAUAACGACAUACAUUCAGCAUACGUUCAGACAGACCUUUUGUAACUAAUGAUGCACAUGUGCUUCUAAACUACAAAGCAUUUUGUUACCAACCGUGUUUUACCUUU